AUGAGGUCGUCGUCGUGCAGACAGGAUCAUGCGCUGCGUGUCAUCAUAAUUGGCUGCUCUGUGGCUGGUCUCACUCUAGCCCACGCUCUGGCCAAGCGGCGAAUCGACUAUACCAUCCUUGAGGCUCACAGUCGCCUACCACAGCCGUUCACAGGAAAUGCUUUCACCUUGCUUCCCAAUGGAUCACGGAUACUAGCGCAACUCGGGGUGUGGGAAGAAAUCGUGGCAGCAUCAGAUACGAUCCACAGCCAUUCGACUUUCCUUGAGGAUGGAAGGUUGUUAGAGAGAAUAGAUGUAGAAAGACUGCUUUCCAUGAGGUAUGCCUUCCUUAUGCAACUUGUGAUUGGAUUUUUGCGGAUUCUCUAUAAUAGCCUCGAAGAUAAACAUCGCGUGUUUUUCGGUAAGUGCAUUAUGGCUUUGAAUCAGAGCUCUUCACAGGCCAAAGUGGAAUGCGCCGACGGCUCCAUAUUUACCGGAGACCUGGUCGUUGGCGCCGAUGGAAUCCACAGUGUCUCACGUGGCGAGAUCCUGAGGUGUAAUGGGUCCUUGCAGGCAUCACCAGAUCCAAGAAAGAUACUUGAAGGCUACAGAGUUUCAGGCUUGACCUCAGAAUAUUCCGGCAUAUAUGGCAUCUCGCGUCCUGUUCCGGGACUGUCUCCAGGCCACGCGCAUCGCACGUACGGAAACGGAUUCUCUUUCAUAGUCAACAUUGGAAAAGAGAACAUCUUCUGGUUACUAUCUUUCCAUGCCGGGAAGGUGCACUGUUACCCUGAUAUACCGCGCCAUUCGCAAGACCGGGCAUCAAUCGACCAGCAGGUCUCCCCGUUUUUAGUAGCGCAUGUCUCUUCAAAUGUUCGUUUUGAAGAACUGUACUGUAAUGCAAUCACAUAUUGUCAUGUCGCCCUUGAGGAAUUCCUCUGUGAGAAAUGGGCUGCAGGUAAGCUUGUGUCUAUCGGGGACUCUGUUCACAAGGUCUGGGUCAAUUUCUUUCGCUAUACCUCCCAGCUACUCGAGUAUGCCAAUUGUAUCGUCCGUACUGUUGACCAAUACGAAUCCUGUGCACGCCCAGAUAACCCUGAAAAGGAUAUGGGCCUAGAGGCAUGGGAAGAGUCCCGAAAGCAGAGGAUGAGGCGCUUUUACACGUAUUCAUGGAUUCUGGCUCGCUGUGAAGCUUUUUCUGGGCCUUUGUUCAAGGCCCUUGGCCUCUAUAUCGGGUCCUUCCACGGAGAGCAGGUAAUCAGUUACAUAUCCGACAUUAGUCCCGAGUCAGAGUACCUGGAAUACUUACCGCGGUCAGAUUAUCACUUGAAAUCGCGAUCUGAGUGGCGCCACAGUGGGCUGAAUCGAUUGAACCAUCUCUCUGUGAAGUUGGCAUUCUUGUUAUUGGAUGCUUUGAUAACAAUGUGGAGCUUUUGUUUCGCUUAG